AUGUCACAGCAUUUAUGCCUUCCUCGCGAGUCGCAACAGAUCGAUCGCAUUGUCGAGGCAUUUGCGAAGGCGUAUUGCGAAGCUAAUCCAGGCUCUUUCCCCGACGAGGACUCGGCAUACCUUACAUUGUUUGCAAUCGUGAUGCUCAACGCGGACGUGCACACAGCACAGGUCAAGAAGAAGAUGACGAAGCAGCAGUUCGUGUCGAACACUAAGUUAGCAGUUCCCCUUGUGGAGGCAGUCGUCUUCGAGGACAUUUAUGACAGAGUCCAGCUGGAAGAGAUCACUCUGGGAGCAAGGCGCAGCUCGGGCCGCGGAGUGCCCCUGCUGCUUCUGCAAUUGUCCUCCGUGCUCGUGCGCGGUGACCUGUCCGACCUGUCCGACCUGUGCCAGUGCGAGGACAGCAUCUCCGUUGGCCUGGUCGUGGGGCUGCUGCUAGUGGGGCUCGGCGUCCUGCUGGCCUACGCGCUGGCCUCUGGCGCUGAAGGGGUCGGGGUGGCCGAGGCUGUCGCGACGCUGGAAGAGGCGGCCGAGCACUGGGCGACGGCGCAGGAGCGGGUGAGGCUGGCGCGUGCUAGGAUAUGUGUGUACUUGCCACGCGGGCAGCCUGGCGGUGCGCUGACCGGCUACAUUCCCGACGGCGACCAGUAUAAGGAGGACCUCGCCCACGGGGGCGAUGCUGAAACGUGGUGCUUUUCCCUGGACUAUAACAAGGGGGCCAUCGGCGAGCCGGAGCUGCGCGGCCGGCUCCUCGCCGGGCCCCCCCUCUCGGGCGCGGAGCGCGAGCGGGAGUGGGGCCGGCUGCUGGGCAGGGGCCCCGAGAAGGAGGGCCCUUGCCGCGCCUGCCGUCCGAGCUGCCGACUGCCGGCGCUGGUCGACCUGCUCGAUGGGGCCGCCGGCCAAAGGCGCGACGAGGAGGUGGUUUUCGAGGCGUUCGGCAGCGCGGCCUCCGAGGGGCGGGAGGGCGCCGGGCGGCUGGCGGCCCUCUUCUGCGAGAGGCACGCCGCCUGGGUCGCCGCCGGCGGGGACGGCGGCGGCGGCGAGUCGUCGCCCGACGCGCACACCUUCGCGAGGAUGGCUCAGCUGCUGCGGUACCACCGCCCCCAGCGGGCCAGCGAGCUCGAGGGCGCCUGCCGUGCGGCGGGGCACCCUGGCCUCGCGGCGGCUCUCGGGGCGGCGUGCAGCUCCUGCGGCAUGCCGGUGGCGCUGCGGGACAUCCUGCUCGAGUUGCCGGAGAGCGACGCCGACUUGUGGACCGACGCGGACGCCUGCGGUCACACGGAAGCGGACCUCCUGUGCCUCGCGUGCGACUUGGUCGUGCUGGAGGGGAGGCAGGGUUUGUUGCUCCUGCUGAUCGUCGCGCUCCUGUCGGAGGCGGCCGCCAGCCUCAAGCCCGAGGCUGCCGCUGGCCUCGACGAGGCCCUGCGAGGCGCGCUUUCGCUGAGCCUCGCCGCUCGGCUCAGCGUGGAGGAGAUCCACCGGUGUGUGCAGGACGCGCGCGCCAUGCUGGACAGCACGCCGACGACGCUGCAGGGCGUCUUCGACGACGCCGGUGCCGAGUUGCCCGCUUGCGCCGUGGCGCCCGAGGAGGUCCUGCGGCACACCCACGGGGGCGCCGUCGGUGACUGGCGGCUGAUCGUCGUGGACGCGCGCAUGAGGCCCAGCACGCUCGCGCUGCCCGUCUGCGUGAGGCUCCCGCUGGCGCGACACAGCGCCAGGCGUGGCGCGCUGAGGGAGCUCCCCGGGGAUGACGCCAUCCACGUCUGCCUGGUGGGCGACCUGGCCCCCACGCGGGGAGACGACGCCUUCGAGCUCUGCCGGUACUUGUCCGGGCCCGGGGUCUUCCGCAGCCAUGUCUCGGUUGUGGCGGGCGGGUGGGCGAGCCUCGAGAUGGCCGCGGCCGCGCUCGACCUCGACCUGCUGCCGGCCUGCAGCCUCGAGGACGAGAGGGGGGAGUCCCGAGACGCCGCGGCGGCGGUCGCCGAGGCCGUGGGCCACGUCGCCGACGUGACGGGGCGCGUGUCCGGCGCGGCGCACCAGGCGGUGCAGACUGCGUGGGCCGAGGCCCCGCCGCUCGGGCCCGCGGUGGCCGGCGCCCGCGUGGCGGCGGCCGGGGCAGCCGGGCAGGCGGCGGAGGCCGCCGGGCAGGCGGCGCGGAGGCGGAUGCGCUGGAGCUUGCGGUUCGCCGAGGACGGGCCCGUCGCGGUGGCUGCCUCUUCCAUGCGCAAGAGCCUUCGCGUUGAGAGUCUUGCGGCCCUGGUCGCGUGA